AUGUAAUAAUAAAUAGCUUAAAACAGCGAAUAAUACAUUAAAACUGUGUUUGAUAACUUUGAUUACAUAAAAACCAAAGUUAAUAAUGAAUUUGAAUAAAUUUCUAAUGGAAGAAUAGUUCUUAUAUUUCUAGGAAAAUUUGAUUAACAAUUUCACACUUUCUAUUAACAUUUUAUCAUUAAGCAAGUUCUUUUAGACACCGAAUAUUAUAAAUUAAUUAGAAUAGAAAAAUAAGGAAAAAUUAGUUAUCUAUUAAAUUUUCCUUUAAUCUUAUAAUAUAAUUAACAAGAUAAUUUAAUAUAAUAAAAUCUAUGUAUUUCAAAAAUAUAUGCUGAAAAAGCUUUUCAGAAAAUGCAAAAAUGCAAAUUUCAUUUAAUUGUAGAUGCAAAUUAAAUAUUUGGAUAGGAUACAAGAGAGAAGGUAAUUAUUAUUAGUUUUGAUUCAGUUUUUCACUUUGGAAAAUAUUAUUUUUAAGAAAAUUCAUUUUCAUUGCUGAUACCAUCAUAAGAUAGAUGGAAUUUAUGUAAAGUUACUAAUGAAAAUGAAUAUAAUUCUAGAGUAGUUAAUUAUAAUGAAGUUUUAAAGAAUAUCUUUUAAAUUAAUUCUUACACAUCCCUAAAAAUAAUUUAACCAGAUGAUUUUUUGAAUUAUGGAAAAAUGAUGCAUUACUUAAAAAAAAAUUAAGAUCUUUUAAUAUAUUUAUUUAAUGGUCUAUUAAGCAAUUUUUAAAAGCAACUUUUGUUCUUAUAAUAAAUGCCAAUAAUACUAUGUCAAGAUGACACCAAUUAACAAGUUGAAAGAUAUUUAAAAGAAUUAGAAAAAGAUCUUUUGAAUAUUCAGAAUCAUAGUUUUGCUGACAUGAAGAAAGUUUUUACAUUUAUAAAUAAAAUUAAUAAAGGAAACAUAGCAUUAGAGUUAAAUGAAAGAAUUAAAAGAAAAAACAGCAUAUAAAUGAAAUAGUUCUUAAUUGACAAUAAUAUUUAAAAUAUAAAUAUUCAACCUAUUUUUAAUGAUGAAAUUGAAAAUAAAUUAAAUUAAAUCUUUGCUUUUUUUGACAAAUAUGAUAUAAGUUCAUAAAAAAUUAAUAAAAUUACAGAAUUUAACAAUUUGAAAAUCAAUCUUAAAUUUUGGUGUGAAAAUUGUGAAUAAUUAAUAGAAAAUAUUCUUUAUGAACUAAAAUAUAUAGUAAAGAGAAUACAAGAAGGACCGAAAAAUAAAAUUGAAAAUGGAAUCUAUUUUAUAGGAGUAACAAAAUCAGGAAAAUCUACAAUAGUUAAUUCAAUUAUUAAUCCUAAUAAACUUUAAAGUAAAAAAAUUUUAGGUUAGAAAUGUUACUUAAUUUAACAAGGAAUUUAAACCAAAUUUAAAAUUGAUUAAGGAGAAAUUAGUGAGACUUAAAAAAUUAGUGGAAUUUAUACUGGUUAAAAGGAAGAGCUUACUCAAUUCUUUAAUAAUUAAGGAAAUAAUGAAUAAGAAUAAGAUGUUAUAAGUUGUGAAGAAUUAAUAAAUGUUGGAUUCAUUAAUUAAUUACCUUAAAAUUUGUUUAUUUUUGAUUGCCCUGGUUUUGAUGAUAAUAGAAAUGAAUUAAUGAGAAUUGCUCAUAGAAUAAGUUUGUAUAAUUAUUUCCAUUAAACUAAAAAUAUCAUUGUUUUUUUUGUGAUGGACAUUUCAAAUUAAAAAUUUGAACAUAUUAAAAAUACUUUUGAUCCAAUAUGUUGUCUAUUAAAGAAUAAAGAUGAUAUAGAAUAAAAAUUUAAGAGUUGGACGAAUCUCAUUUUAACAAAAGCCGAAAUAAAUUAAAGAUAAGAAUAUUUAGACGAUUGGGAAAUAGCCUUUAGAGGAUAAUUAGAAUAAAACUAUAGCUUCUAUAAAAAGCUAUUUAAAGAUGAUGAAACUUGUUUAGAAUUUCUAAAACCAGCAUAAGAUGUUAAUUAAGAUAUUUUUAGACUAGCAAGAUCUAUUACUGAAAGAGUGUAGAAGUAACUUUAGUAAGUAUAAUGCAAUCCUGACUUUGAACUUAUCCUUGAUGAAAAACUCUGGAUGCUAUAUUUAAAAUGUAUGCCUAAAAUACAGAAAAGAUUAGAAUAAAUAUUUCAAUUAUUUAUUUCGUAAAUAGAUUAAUACAUUUUGAAUAGUAAUGAAGAUCUAGAGAUUAUAUAGGAAUAAAUUUAAAAACUUAAAUAUUGUUUACUUAAUUAAGAAUAAAAUAAAAUUAUUCAUGGAUUGGAUUUGAAUAAUUGUAUAUCUAUACUUUAAAAGAUAUCAUAAUGGAUCUAGGGUAAUUAAAAUAUAAAAGAAAUUUGUUUUUUACUUGAUGCAUAUAUCAAUGAUAUAUCGUCUAUUUUUAAAAUAUCAGAAUAUUGCAAGAAUACUUUGAUAUUGCAAUUUGAAGUCAAAAUAGAUAAGUUAGUUAACAAGAUUGAAACUAUCCUNUGUGAAAAUUGUGAAUAAUUAAUAGAAAAUAUUCUUUAUGAACUAAAAUAUAUAGUAAAGAGAAUACAAGAAGGACCGAAAAAUAAAAUUGAAAAUGGAAUCUAUUUUAUAGGAGUAACAAAAUCAGGAAAAUCUACAAUAGUUAAUUCAAUUAUUAAUCCUAAUAAACUUUAAAGUAAAAAAAUUUUAGGUUAGAAAUGUUACUUAAUUUAACAAGGAAUUUAAACCAAAUUUAAAAUUGAUUAAGGAGAAAUUAGUGAGACUUAAAAAAUUAGUGGAAUUUAUACUGGUUAAAAGGAAGAGCUUACUCAAUUCUUUAAUAAUUAAGGAAAUAAUGAAUAAGAAUAAGAUGUUAUAAGUUGUGAAGAAUUAAUAAAUGUUGGAUUCAUUAAUUAAUUACCUUAAAAUUUGUUUAUUUUUGAUUGCCCUGGUUUUGAUGAUAAUAGAAAUGAAUUAAUGAGAAUUGCUCAUAGAAUAAGUUUGUAUAAUUAUUUCCAUUAAACUAAAAAUAUCAUUGUUUUUUUUGUGAUGGACAUUUCAAAUUAAAAAUUUGAACAUAUUAAAAAUACUUUUGAUCCAAUAUGUUGUCUAUUAAAGAAUAAAGAUGAUAUAGAAUAAAAAUUUAAGAGUUGGACGAAUCUCAUUUUAACAAAAGCCGAAAUAAAUUAAAGAUAAGAAUAUUUAGACGAUUGGGAAAUAGCCUUUAGAGGAUAAUUAGAAUAAAACUAUAGCUUCUAUAAAAAGCUAUUUAAAGAUGAUGAAACUUGUUUAGAAUUUCUAAAACCAGCAUAAGAUGUUAAUUAAGAUAUUUUUAGACUAGCAAGAUCUAUUACUGAAAGAGUGUAGAAGUAACUUUAGUAAGUAUAAUGCAAUCCUGA